CCCUCCCUCUUUUUUUUGCAUUCAAUCCUGUGAUUUCCAGCAGCUCAGCACAGAAGAGCCGAGCCGAGCAGCAACACACCACAGAGGGAACAUUGUUCACAUCCAGAAAGCAAACCAACCCAAUGACUGAGUGGAUACUGUUUCUUCACGUCUUUGUGGGGCUCGUUCUCUUCAUGGCAGGUGAACCCACAUCCUGUCCUAUAGAGUUGAGCCCUAUCAAAGCUGUGGUGAAACAUGGAGACCCAGGUUCUGUUAACUGCAGCACAUCAGACGGGACAUCAAAAGAAUUAGGAUGGGAGGCUUCACAGGGAGGCACCCGUAAAUCAAACGCCACAGAUUUACCGUGGGAGGUUGUGAGUGUAACAAACUGGGGUAUGAAGCCCAUUUGCUAUAUCACCAAUACUGACUGUCAGAAGACGGUCGACCUGGUUAUUUACACAUUCCCAGAAAGCAUCAGCUUCAGGUCCAAUGAAUCCAACGAUGAGAUGACAGAACACAAGGCCCAUACCUUUAUAUGUGACAUCUUUAAUAUUGCACCAGUUCAAAACCUCACUGUCCAGUGGUACAAAGACGAUGCUGUCAUCCACACAGCCAUCCUUAAUGAUGAAACAAUGGAGCCCACAAAUCUGUCCCCUGCCUUCACAUUUAUACCAACGAGAGCUGACAGACGUGUCAGGUUCAGAUGCGAGGCACGGAUGGACUUGGGGCCAGAAGGACCACUCUUUCACGCGUCUUCAGCAGAAUACCUAACAGAUGUUUUGUUUGGACCUGACAUCCCGUGUUCGACCAUUACGUUACGUGAGGGGGAACCUUUGAAAGAGCAGUGUAAAGUGACAGGAAAUCCCAGCCCGUAUGUUGAGUGGCUGAAAAACGGACAUCCUAUAAACACGAGCGUCCCUCUGAGAAGAAACGAUACAGGAACAUACACGGUGAAAGCUGAGGGACAUGUCUUAUCUGAAAAGCAGAUCCAGGUCAAUGUGUUUUAUGGACCAGAGUGGACAUGUCCACAUGUAUACAAUAUAACAGAAAACUCUCAUCACGACCUCACAUGUUCUCAGGGUUUCCCCAAACCUGAGGAAAUCUGGUACAAAGAUGGGGAGGAGGUGGAACUUCCACAGGUCCUGACCAGAAGACAUGCAGGGCAGUAUGUGGUCAUGGUUUCAACUCGCAGAUUCAGUAUACACAUCAACGUGCUCUACCCACCAUCCGAAUUAUUUGAGCUUGAAGACUCUGAAGUCCAAAUCGGUACCAGUUUGGGGUUGAAGUGCUCUUCUGCAGGUUCGCCACGACCAAACUACUCCUGGAUUUAUUACCAGGCGACCAAUGUGAUGGAGGAAACUGAGGAUGGAGUGUCUCGACUAAUGAUCCACGAUGCUACCGGAAACAACAUGGGUCUCUAUACUUGUCACGCCUGGAAUGAGCAUGGAUAUGUCUCCAAAACAGUCACAGUCACUGUACAAGGUGCCAAGCUGGAAUGCCCCAUUAAAAUAACUCCAGACACCAUGGUGUUGCAAUACCAGAGCAGAGGGCAGUCCGUAGACUGCAAGUCAACAACCAAUGAGACAAAUGUUAAGGAAAUAUUCUGGACGACUCAACAAGGCGACACACUUCGUAGCAGCGCUUGGUUUGCUGACACCCAUAAAGACUGGGACCCUCGUCCCGUUUGUCACGGGGAGUUUAGGGGAAUAGGAAACUGCUCUAAAGCUUUACACUACAUCCUCUACAAAUUUCCAGAAAGUGUAUUGAUUGGGGUCGUGGAUGAAAGGAGUCCAGCUUUGGUGGGCACAGUUCUGCAGCUGCAGUGUGACAUUGUCAGUGUUGCUCCUGCACAAGACCUUAAUGUGAGGUGGAUGUUUAAACGAGGCAAUGAAACCAUUAGGCCUGAAUCGGUGGGGGUGAGCAACGCCACAGGCUGCAGUUUCAGUCCAUACAGAUCUCCCGUAAACGUGUCGUGCAUCAUGAACAUCACUCUACAAAAAAUUCACAACGAUAUUCAAGUCCAGUGUGUGGCAGAGCUGAACCUGGGACCUACACUACCACAGCCUCCUAGCUUGACGUCCAGCCCCCUCCGCAUCACCGUGCUCUAUGAACCCAGAAUUAAUGCCACAAAGCUUCCAGAGACGGUCCCGGUGUUCAGAGGUUACCCUGAGGUGCUUGUUUGUGAAGCUGAUGGUAACCCACGCCCAGUAAUCCAGUGGGAGUACAGCUCACAGACGGCACACGUUGAAUCUGAAGGCAAACUCAAUGUUUCUGAUGCUGGCGUCUACAUCUGCAGAGCUUCUAAUGACCUUAAUUCCACAGAACGAGUGGUCGAAGUCAUUUUAUUGGAGGACUACCUACCCCUCAUUGCUGGGAUUGUUGCUCUCACAGUGGUGAUCAUCUCCAUCAUCUUCAUCUUCAUCUACUCCAUCUACUACAAGAACACCAAGAUGCGUCACUACAGCCUCAAAAACCCAAAAUUCAGCAAUCAGAAUGGCAAUGUGGCUCACAAUGGCUGGGACAUUCAGCUUCCUGUCACCAGGCUGCCCUAGCAGUGCUUAUGCUGCAUCUCUCUAAUGGUGUUUUUUAAACACUGAACUCCGUUCAAACAGCAGGCUCACUCCAGACAGGCUGGAGAUAGUUUCUUCUACUUCAAACAUCUCAUUAUUCUCAUCUUUGUCUCAGCAAUUCUACCCCCCAAAGAAUGAUCUUUUCAUCCAAUCAACGCAGUCUCGGCUUGAGUUGCACAAUUGUGUCCACUGGAUUUAACCUCCUAUCACUGGACAGAAAAGGAAAAGAAGGAAGAGUACUUUAAAAGUUGGCACUGUUUUUAUACUUUUGGUUACACAAAAAGGGAAAUUUACACUGUUGCAUGUUUGGUUUGGGUUUCAGAUUUUGCUCAUUUGUAAUAUACUCAGAUUUCUGUGUCAUUUCCUUAACAGACACAAUUUUAGUAUUAAUGUGUCACAUUUGGAGCGCAAACACAGAAUAGCAAACAUUUUAAAUGAAAAUGGGUUAAAUCGCUACAGAUAUGGAGACGUUUUGGACACUUUUGUGUUUGCACAUCAUUUACAUGUCAUUAGAUUUUGUCCUGUUUUGGAGCCACACCGUGUCAGGCGCUGCCUGAAUGAAACAAGUUAUUUUGUUCCACAUGUUUGUUAUUCAGUGAAAGACUGCAGGAUUUAUAACCUUAGAUGUAUAUUCAGGAAAAUAUUUGAUGUAAAAGCAAAACUUUAUAUUUAUUUAUGAAAACAGUGUGAAUUUUAAUGUGUGUGAACAUUGCUGACAGUUGUUGAACUGUGACGUAAACGAGAAGACACUGUAUACAUUUGUAGAUACUGUUGUAAAUAUGUGUAACUUGUGCAAAACUAUUUUAAUAAAAAUUAAUGCUUUUUCAGA